AUGACUAGCUCCAAAGAAUGGGCCAAAAUGCUCCGCGGUGAGCUGUACAUGCCAUGGGAUGAAGACCUCCAGGCCAACAGAACACGCUGCAAGCAGGCAUGUGAUGAGUUCAAUACAGCAGGAAAUGUCUCUCGACGACGAAAGGUUGAACUAUGGAGAAAUAUAAUCGGAGACACUCGUCCCCUCCCACAAGUAAAUCCGGACCCCAAAGAAGACGAAGAACUUUUCGAUGAAACAGAUCCCGUUGUCGAUGGUCCCAUCUCCGUGGACCAUGGUCUGAAUUUCAAAGUGGGAGCUGGCACAUUCCUCAAUUUUAACCUGCUAGUCUUGGAUACUUGUCUUAUAACAAUCGGUGAACGGGUUCUCUUCGGACCGAAUGUUUCGCUUUACGGUGCUAUUCAUCCACUUGAUCCUGCCGUUCGACAGGGAAUGAAGGGACCCGAGGCCGGGAAGGAGAUUCACAUCGAAGAUGAUGUGUGGAUUGGGGGAAGUGUGAUUGUUCUUGCGGGUGUAAGAAUUGGCAAGGGUUGUACAAUUGGGGCGGGAGCUGUGGUAACAAGGGAUGUUCCUCCUUUCCAUUUUGCAGCUGGGAAUCCGGCUCGAGUCAUUAGGCGGAUCGAGAGUAAGAUGAACCCCGAACAGUGCUAG